ACAAUGACCAAACCUUUAGGCCUCAAAGAUUCUACUAGGACAGUGAGGAUGCAGAUUUAACAAAUUCUUAACUAGUACAUACAAUUAGUUUGGUCUCUUAUUCUUUGUAAUCUGAUAAUAAAAUAAUAAUCAACAGCCUACAACGUCGCCAUUCCCUAUAAAUAAAACGUUGGGGUGUUUUAUUCUCAGUUUUAAUGUGGAAACACUGCAGUGCGCGCUCACCAGGAUCUGCUGCUCACAUCACUGAACAGCAGCUGUACUCCAGAGGGUCCGGGAUAAACCCGUUUCCAUGGAGAUGAGGUCACAACUUCCAAACAAAGUGAGCUCAGCGGUUUGUUCCCCUCUUCCACGAUGAAUUCAGAAAAUUCUCAGGUUCUCAUGAGUAACGACCUAGAACCAGCGAAAUCUGGGGUCAAAACAGGGUACCUUACACAAGAUGGCCAUAUCUCCCAGAUCCCUGGACUGUCCCCAACCAUCAGCACUCUUUACAAGGAAAGGGCCCAAGGACGAAGGGUUGCAAUCAUGGAGGGUGAUUCUGACUAUGUCAAACUUGCUAAACAAGGAGGACACAAGGGACUUUUGUGGCAUGAGGAAACUAUUACUUCUACACCCAACCCAUACAAACCUCCAGACUGGUUCUGCACUGAAUUAGAAGAUGCCUCCAAACCAAGUCUAAUUAACAGCGACCAUAUGAAAAACCCUGGAGCUUUUCAACCACCACCACCUCCCUUUGGGAGUGACAAUAUGUCAGCCUGGGAGAGGAAUUACAGUGGUGAUGGAAAAGAGAAGAACAAUGAUACUAAUUGCAGCGAGAUGGAGGAGAUGCAGACGUCCAGUCAACAUCAUGUGACCAACAAAUUCAAGAGGAUAAUGUUUGACAAGAAACCGGCACCUGUUGACAUGUCUAAACUGUUGAGGUUUGGUUAUGCAGAAGACAACAAACCAGCACAAUGACAUGUCAAACUGGAGGACUGCCAGGUGGGCACAAAAAGGAUGUAAUAGCUCAAACAGGAAUAGUUUUUUCAAGUGUAUUCACUGAACUAAAAGUUUGCCCUUUUGUUUAUUUUCCAAUUAGUGGUUCCUCAUUAACUGCUUGUUGAGGAAAGACAGAACCUGUGUUUUUUAUGUUUCUGCUAUUUUUUAAAACGGCUGA